CCCCGUUGGGCUGCGGGGGCGGCGCCUGCGAGAUAAAACGGCCGGGCGGGCCGGGCUGGGGGCAGCGGCGGAGCGCCGGGAGAGAACGGCAACCUCACUGGAGAAAAGCUGUAUAAUUCAAGAAGAAAACAGAACGUUCUUCUUUGGCAGAACCUCCACGGCUGAAGACUUCUCAUAAUUCUUGGAUCUCCAAGAAGAACCUCCAAGCUCCUUGUAUGAUGCAUUCGUACUGUAAACAGAACUACUUCAGGACACGACCCACGUGGAUCGUUUGCAGCCUUCUGGUGUUCUGGAACAAUCCAGCUUCCGGUUCCGAACCUGUUUACGAAUGGCAAGAUCCCAUUACAAAUGAGAAGGUCAUGUGCCAGCAGUGCCCACCAGGGAAAUUUGUGGAACAGCACUGCACCAAGGAUAGGCCAACCCAGUGCACGGAGUGUCCUGCUCUCCACUAUACACAGUACUGGAACUACCUCGAGAGAUGCCUCUAUUGCAACAAUAUCUGCAGCAACCUACAAGUGGAGGUGCAGCCAUGUAAUGCCAUGCACAACCGGGUGUGCCAGUGCAAGCCAGGAUAUUACUUGGAUUUGUCCUCCGAUUUCUGCCUUCCGCAUGCCACGUGCCCUCUGGGAAGCAGAGUCGCUCGACCCGGCACCCCUCAUGAAAACACCAAAUGUGCAGAAUGCCCAUCCGGGACCUUCUCCAACACCAGCACUGGGAAAUGUCAGCCGCACACAAACUGUUCUGAGCAAGGCUUGGAGCUCAACAUUCCUGGCAAUCAGUACCAUGAUGCCCUCUGCACGGCUUGCAAACCCAACAGAACCAGUGGUGCCCAGGACGGGCAAGAGGAAGGAUCAGGUAACCUGGAAUGUGACCAGGCUUUAAUUAACCGCGCAGUUUAUCAAAUCUCCUCGCCGAAAAAACUGUUGCAUCUGAAGCGAAUGCUCGAGCAGGGGUCCCUGCCAAAAGAGGAGCAGGCGACCCUACUUCAGCUUCAGGCAGAGAUCUAUGCCUACCUCACCAGCAUCCGGAACACUCCUAUGGAAGCAUCUGUUACCAAAUCACUUCUGAGAGUUCUCCAGAAGACGCAGCGGCAUCGUCUAAGGAAACUACUCCAGAAGCGUUUCUCUUCGAAUUUAAGAAAUUAGAUGGGCAGCCAUUGAUUUGAGCUGGGUCAGUCGAGUGUAAUGCAGUCGUGUCUGCAAAAGAUACACAGUAACAUCACCUCACUUCACCGUUCUUAACUUCCUUUCUGGUCUGGAACCGGAACUGCCUUUUUAAAAAAGGCCAUAGCCUGACUUAGAAACAAGAAGGGCUGCCAUUUAAAUUCAGUGACAGAUUUUAUUUGUUCUGUCUUGCCCUCUUCCAUUUGUGACCUUGUUGCUGUUGUUUGUUUUGUUGUUGUCACAAAUGAAUUCAGGGCAAGGCAGAAUGUAUUCUGUGAUACCUAAAUAUCCCAUGAUACCUACCUAAACAAAACCUUGGCAUGCAGUCUAUCCACAUUCGAUUUCCAGUCAAGCUGGAUUUUGUGACCUGUAUGAAUUACCCACUUGGGGAAACAAUUUAUUUUGCUCUUUUUUAUCAUUCUAGUUUUGCCAGUAGGGUGUAGUGGUUACCGCAUCAGGCUAUGGAUUGGGGCAACCCUGAUUCAUAUCCCCCACUUAGUCCUGACAAACCACUCUUUGACUUUUGGCCAGUUACUUGCUCUCGGCUUAACCUACCUCACAGACUUGUGUUGAAUAGCAAAAGGGAAAAGGGAGAUGCACGUAUGCCCCUGAGAAGGAGUGUGGGAGAUAAACGUAGACAGAAGGAGUAAGAAGGCUGGAGUCUCCCCCCACACACACACACUUCUUUCGUCAAGUUUUACAACAUUGAGUCCCUAGGUCAAAACACACGAGAUGCACGGGUGACUGUCGGAUCCCGCAAGGAUCCCUGGGAAUUGUAGUUUUAAAAAGACAGCUGCUCAUGUGAAUCUCAGCUCAGCCAGGGAGAAUCGCAUCUGGAUGGACUUUCUCACACACACACACUCUUUCUCUCUUUCAAAAGUCCUCCGUGAACUAAGGAUGGGGGUGGGGGGAGGUUGGGAACAACAUAACAAGAGGCAGGAAAAAAGCUGAGGUGUUUUGCGAGCGAGAGAGAAACUCAGUCCCUCCCAUUCUUCUUCUCCCGGCUGGGUCCUGUUACAUUCCCCUUCCCCGUCCCUGAGCUCCUAAAAGAAAACUAGCCAAUUGGACUUUUGAAAGAGAGAAUCUCUCCAGUUGAGCAGCUGUUCUUUGCAAGAAAAUCAACUUCGCUCGGUUUUCCUCCAGUUGCUUGGAGAGGGGCAGGGUUAGACUACCACUCCCAGGGUCGCUUACAGGACCAGUCAAGUGCUCUUCACGUGAAAUUCGUCUCAUGUGUUUCCACUCCCUAUUAGAGAGAAAGUGUAGAAUGCUAUUUUUUAAAAAAUAAAGAAAUAUAGUUAUUCAGACCUAGCGUGCUUUUCAAAAAUAUAAACUUGAGGGCUAGGAACUUGCUUUUUUAUUUUCAAAUGGAAGCUGAAAUUCUUAGUAAAUGGAAGGCUUAUCUGAUAAAACAGUAUGUACCUUUUCUGUUCACAGGUGGACUCUCCACCUAUCCAAACUGCCUUGAUCAAAGCCCAUCAUUUUUACAUCAGUCAGGGAAAUGUGGUGUGUUAAAAUAUAAUGAAUGCAACCCAGUCAAUGCGCUACAUUUACACUCAUUUCCAGUGGUUCUAGGGAGGAGCUCUUAGGGAGAAGAAUAUUUGAGUAGAUGUUUUUGAAAGUUAUCUUCUCGCUGAGUGGUUUUCAAGGGGUUUAGAAAGGGCAGUGGUGGUUUCACUUUGGAGUAGGAAGCUGUUACAGUUUGUACUUUAAACAGGUCAUUUCGUAGGAAAAGAGCUGGAGGAACUCAUUAGCAUAACUCAUUAGCAUAACCAUUAGCAUAUGCCACCCCCUUGCCAUCACCGGCAGUGUGUCAUUAGCAUAACUGAUUUGCCUAUGCCACACCCCCUGACAUCACCUAUCCUGGCUGUUUUUGACCCAAUUCUGGCCAUUCAGGGCCGAAAUUGGGCCUAAAAUGGCAAAAAGGGGUGAAAAGGGGCCCAAAAUGGUCAGGAUCAGGCCGCUGCUGAGUGGGAGAGUGAUCCACCACCUGUCAGAGGCCUGAUCCAGGCCAUUUUGGCCCCAAUCCAGGCUAAAAUGGGCCCAAAAUGGCCGCGAGUCUGGUGGGCAGGGCUACCUGACAUGUGACCUCUUUGGGGAACUGCCGGAACUGCGUUCCUGCGUGUUCCCCCUUGAAAUGAGCCCUGACUUUAAAUUUCUGGAUGGGGUGCUUAGGAUGGAGGUAAAUUAUCAAGCGAGGUAAGCAAAAGUAAGCAGGAAGGGCAUUUGGGUGUGAAAUUGUUUUUUAUUUUUAUCUUGUUACUUCAAUUACGAUCUCAGUGAGAAAGGCAGAAGCAAAGCAGAUUGUACAAAAAUACAAAAAAGGCAAUAAAAACUGGCUUGGUAAAACCACAACAACACACUAAAACAGUAUAGUAGGAACAAUGCAAUUGAAGCUUCCUUGGAUUUCACUGAGGUUAGCCACAGACCUUUUUCCUUCACAAAAAUCUGCUCCAGAACCAUUUUGUUUUAUGCCUUCAGUGGAAUGAUUGAAGCGUGGAAGCCUUUAUGUUUAUUUUGCAUACAACAAUAAAAAGAUUCUACAAAUUA